UUUUAAACCUUACAUCUUUGUACAGGCUGAAGGAUGCGAGGUGCAGUGAUUGUGUUGCUGUUGGUGUGUGCCCUGCCAGCAUUUCACCAUACAGUGAGGAUCAAGGCAAGGGAUAACACCAGCCUCUGCAAGCACAACCUGAUUAUGGAUGACGCCACGGAGAUUCUGGGGUCGACUUUUGGCACGUUUGAAGAUUGGGCAAGAGCUUAUUGUUUGACGGAUGCAACCAUUAAGAUAUUGGUAUCUCAUGGUUUGGAUUCCAGGGGAGACAUAUUGCGUUUGGAUGAGAGAGAUAUUGCUGCACUAGGAUUGACUACCGGGCAACAGACAGUGCUGGAGGUAAUUGUGGAGAAACUGGAAGAGAAUUCAGCAAGAGAAGCUGCCCAGAGGAAGAGACACUAUGCAAAGCAGGGUGAAGUGAAGAGGCGGCAGCGAAGUAACACCAGUAUGGGCGACAACAUCAUCUUUGGUACUGCCAUGGGAGGACUGUUUGGGGUGGGCGCCUUGAUUGUUGCACCAUAUGCCUUGGCAGCUGCUGGAUUUACAUCUGCUGGCAUUGCUGCCAGUUCCUUUGCCGCCUCCUUAAUGUCUUCCACCGCCGUGGCCAGUGGAGGAGGGGUUGCUACCGGCAGUGCUGUGGCUGUCCUGCAGAGUGUUGGUGCUGCUGGCAUCCCUACGGCUGUGGGAACUGUCGUAACUACCGGUGGGGCACUGGUGGGUGGCGGAGCAAGCUAUCUUAGAUACCAUGAUAAUGAUGAUGAUGAGGAGGACUAAUGGUGACGGAGGCAACACACCACACACCACAAAGCCAAUCCCAACACUACAAAACAAUGAUUGGUAAAUGACAUGAUUGAAGUGUUUUAAAAGAGCAUGAAAUAAUGAUGUCUUUUUUUAUGCAUUUUCUUCUUUUGAUGAUAUCCUGUAUUCAAUUGUAUGAACCAGUGAAAGACACAUUACUUGGGCUUUGUGAAAAGUACAUGAUCAAACCUUUUUAGUUAGUAAAUUUCUUUUUCUUUUUUUUUAUUAUUUAUAUUUAGUAAUUGUUGUAAUUAUUAUUAUUAUUAUUAUUAUUAUUAUUAUUAUUAUUAUUAUUAUUAUUGUUAUUGUUGCAAGAGUGUUUCCCACCUCGGUCAGAAUGCAGGUUGAUGCAUAAAGGUCUUCUGGUGUUAUUGAGACAGUCAUUGGUUAUUUACUUUUGAGGUGGAGCCUUGUCAAGACACUGCACAAAAAGAACAUUUUAGCAAAACACUGUGGGAGAAGCAGGAGGUGAGCCAAACUGUAAAAAAUACAUUGGAGGCGAGCUGGAACACCACUGCUCAGUGUAUUACAUGUGGACGUUUGGCGUUCCUUCAGUGUCCUGUCAAGGCCGCUUAGAGACAUGUGGUACUUAGUAGAACAAUGCACUUGUGCUACUGCUUCAGGCUGCAACAAGUACUAUGCUGUAGGGUAGGGGAUUCUCAACCUUCUUCUUGCUAGUAACCCCAUGAGUUAUAAGACCAUUUACCUGAAUCCACACAGGAAUCUGACAUUGAAGUGUCAAUUUAGUGACUGACACUAACUCAAUAUGCAAUGGUACUAGUACGCAAGGGAUAUUAUUAGAUCAGCCAUCUAAUUACUCAUGGAAAUCUUGUGAACCUCUGGGGGUUUGCAAACCGCAGGUUGAGAAAUGCUGCAGUAGGGUAUGGGACAACACCUGGUCAUUGUGAUAUACAACUGCAAUACUGCACUAAAAUUUUAAUCAACAUUUCAUCAGAAUAAUUAACCAAAAUUGGCAUAACAAACUCACAACUCAUCCGAGGACUGAAGUUCUGAUUAUAGCAAUUUAUUUGGAAUACUAAAGUAAAAAAUCUCAUGACUUAAGUUGCCAGCUACUGAUGUAGCCACUGCCUUGAGGUAAUAAUUCACCAGACCCAGGAUCAUCAGAAUUUAGAAAUAGGCACAAAGCUGUGGAGGGCAUUGUAAGUACACAUAAUUGAUGUGUUACUGUAUCUCAAAUGUAGUAAUGCAAAUGUGCUAAUUGUGAUGGUCUUUUUAUUACAGAAUUUUUGGUUAUUUUCUUGUUCCUUAGAAUGAAUUCCCACAGGUUCUUUACUCGCCAUUACUCACGUGUGCCACAAUUAACACUACAUUUGAAAGAAUCAUGUCCAUUGUCGUGUAUCCUACUGUACGUAGUAUUGCUUUUUGCUGACACUUUCACACUCAUGGAAAUCUUAAUAGUUUCUGGUGAUAUGUAAGCCAUUAUUAAGAUUGCCUUUUCAACCUGAUGUGUGAGGACAAGCACAGCACACUUAUGGCGUGGAAGGUGAAGCCUGGUGUGUCAGACAGCACAGGCAAACUGACACCCAUUGUAUGGAACACCAGACUUUGUGGGCAGAGUCCCAAACCCUGGCCUGUUAUUGUACACUCCCUUCACCCACCACCUGCCUUGGGACUCCCGACACCUGCAUCCCUGUGAGUGCCGGUGUCGAGCAACACCUUGGAUGUAGCAACAGUGAAGGCUCAAAGCUGCUGUUGUGCAACAUAUCUGAGUAUUGCAAGCACUGUGGCACCAUUAACACCAUGCCAUGCACCAAUUACAGAGGCCAACUGUCUCUGUCUUGUCUGUGUAUUAUCUGCAGAAAAAUUACACUGAUUUAAGAUUGAAUCCUACACUACUCUAUUUUUUCACAAGUAGAGUAGGUAUGUACACUAUUGACAACGCACCAAUGUAACCUUCACCAGCCACAGGAGAGAACUGGAAUUUGUGCUGAUAGGGGAAAAUAGCAAUUUGUGAUAUGUACUUAUAAGUGUGUGUUUAAUGUUAUUACCUAUCAUGUACCUAGAAAUCUGUGCCCUCUUCCUUCUAUGAGUGAGAAAUAUUCCUGUAUAUAUCAUCAUAAAGACUGACCGCAUUUAAUGGCUCAUAAGAUGCUGGAGCUUGUAAUACUUACCUCAAAUUAACCAGGUAUUAGAAAGAAGGAAAAAAAAUGAAAUAAAUAAAUAAAUGAAUAAGCAGGUUUAAGGUCAGAAUGUGGAGUUCAGGUUUCGUUUGACAUUUAACCACCCUCGUGUGUAUUCAGAUCCUCAGUAGAUCACAAUAUUUUGGAUUUAAAAGCCUUAAUAGGACCUACUAACACAUGUCCUUAGACCAUCCCUGCUAUGAGGGGCAGAUGAAUGUGGUGUGGGCAGUGACAUCAGAGCCCACAACAUUCUACACAUGAUUCUGCUUGUAAUGUUUUAGUACAUUUUCAAAGCAUAAGGAUGUCUGGGAAUAGCUUGAUCUGGAGGAAUAAUGGCAUCACUCUAAGAAAUGCAGUGAAUCAUGUGCAUGUGGCUGGGUUAGGGAAGUAAGCGACCACACGUUUGUUUUGGUACAAGCAACAUUAAUGUCUCAAUUUCUUCCUGACUGGUGUUAAUUUCUUCCUGACUGGUGUUAGUUUAUGUGAAGUACAGUAAAGUAUGACUUGUGAUACAUUGUCAUUUUUGUGGUUCAAAAUUGAUCACCUGUCUUAUAUGUGUGAAGAUGUUUGAGGUUUUAUUUCAGAGCCACUUUAGUUGAACCUUGGCCUCUAGGAUACAGGCUCAUUUUGGGAGACUUUCUGUUUGGAAGAAGAGUCUUAUAAGCCAUCUAAUUCGGUGCUAUGUUUGACACAUCCGCUUUUGCCACAUCACGACAAAAGACACGUCACUUGCCUCUGUGUGCCAAUAAAUGCUGUCUGCUCAAA